CUCAUGGUGCUGGAGAGCCUCUCAUCCCCCUGUUUUCCUCGAACGAUGCGGUUCUUCAAGUUCUAACCCAACAUAUAAUUUCUUGGAAUUUGAAGUUCAUUUAUUUGUCAUAUGCAUACCUAACUAACUGCCCACCCCGGUCACAACCCUCCUCGCUAGGGUACAUAGUCGAUGUGUUCGGUUACCCCUUCGGCAUGUCCGGGUUCGAAAUUGCCGGUUUGGUGCUGGGCGCCAUCCCUCUCGUCAUUUCAGCCAUAGAGCACUACGAAUCAGGCCUAGACAGAGCCAAGGUGUUUUUCAAAUGGCAGGAUGUCCUAGAGAAAGCAAGGCGGGAUCUUUGGGUCCAGUACUCGUCCUACGAGAUGACACUCCGCAUUCUCUUGGUGGACCUUGCAAACGAAGCCGAGCUGGAAGAGCUCUUGAGUGAACCCCAAAGCACACUAUGGGAUAGCCCGGAGUUGAUCCGCGGGUUACGGGACAAACUAGGAGAGACGUACCAGGUCUACGUCUACACGAUCAAGCAGAUGGAGGGUUGCGUCAAAACUCUCGCGAGGCAUCUGGAUAUUGACAGGCGCGAUGCUACCAGCGCCGACGACCUCGAGGCUAUUCUGGAGGCAAACCAGCCAGUUCCUGGGUCUCAGCAGCAAGGCCAUGCUAAGUUUGAGUUCCGCCGGCGCAUCAAGCUAACGAUAAAACGACGCGAUAUCCGCCAACUACUCAGCAGUAUCAAGGAGUGUAAUGACCAGCUGGACCUGUUUAUUACAAAAGCGAGGAAUGUGGAGCAAGCCUCUCCGCUACAGUCGGCGCAAAAACGCAGCAAGUUCAGCUUGAGCACGCCUCUUCAGCAAGUAUAUGAGCACGCUGCUCACCUCCAUCAGGUGCUUUGCAAGGCUUGGGCUUGUGGUGCUCACGCCUCUCACCGGGCUCACUUACUGCUCGAGCAUCGCAUGGUCCCCAAGGGGAGGAAGAAGCAACAGUUAAGGACCUACGGCGGCAACAAUAGACAGGGAGGUGACCAGGCCAAUUUCACGUUGGCUUUCAAGGGCACGGGAGACACAGACGCUGCCACCUGGUAUCUCGCUGAAGUUAAGGUGCUGGACGAGCCAGCUAUACCGCCGAGAUCUGCUGGUGUCAAGUUUAGCAUCUCGCCUCCAUCCGCUCCCAAAGACUGUUCGCUCUUGGGCCCACCCUCGGAAAAUAUUUCCAGCCUUGAUAUAGUACAGGACAUCUGCUCAUCGUACUCUUCCACCGGUAAUGCUUGCCUUGGUUUCUGCCUAGAUCUAACGUCGCAAAGCGUGUUACGGGGCACAUAUCCGGCAGCGCAGCGGUCAAUAUGUGUAGGGGACGACCUAGUCUCACUAGAGGACGUGCUCUUCUCGACAGACAACAAGUGGCAGCCCCUCACGCACGAGGACCGCUACGUCCUCUGCAUCACCUUGGUAGCAUCCUUUCUCCAACUCCACAAGACACCGUGGGUCGGCGACCGUUGGAGCGGACGCGACAUCCACUUCUUCGCCCAACCCCCUGACACAACAACAACAACAACAACAACAAUAGGACAGGCCAAACGCGCCGACAUCCAACACGCCUUCGUCAGCAAAACAUACACCAGCACCGCCAACCCCCUUCCCCCCACCCCCACCCAACCCCCGCAACCCCCGCAAGCCACAAUCUUCUCCCCCACCACCACCACCACCCCCACCACCCACGACGACAGCAUCAACCUCCUAACCCUCGCCCGCAUCCUCCUGGAGAUCCGCUCCGGGCGGCGCAUCGAAUCCCUCCGCUCCAACACGGACCUCGGGCCCGGGGCGCGCCCCAACGAGGCGACCGAUCUGCAGACGCUGAAGCGGUGGGUGCAGCAGGAGAAGGGGAACCUGUCGUUUGCGUUCCGGGACGCGGUGCGCUUCUGCAUGCAGGGUUUCGCAGAUCCGGAUACGGAUCUGGGGGAUCUGGGGUGUCGGAUGGGGGUGGUGGAGGGGGUGGUGGUGCCGCUGUUGGAGGAGUUGGGGUUUUUGAGGGGGGGUGUGUGACUUCUUUUGGGAAGAAGGGGGGGG